AAGUUUUUCAGGUUAUUUAGUUUGUAAGUGUUAUUAUUCGAUUAGUAAUCACAUUAUGAAUAAGAAAUUGUUUAAUCUAUUUUUACCAACAACUAGAUCAUAUUCUCACAGUUCCAAAGAACUAGUAGUAAAACAUUUAACGGGAGAAUAUACUGGUAUUGCCACAGUGGGGUUAAACAGGCCUCAAAGAAAAAACGCUCUAGGUGUCGAUCUUGUUAACAAUUUUCAUCAUGUUUUGGAUCAACUGGCUAUUAAUAAUACAACAAGAGUUGUUGUUCUGCAUAGUUUGGUUCCAAAAGUGUUUUGUUCAGGAGCCGAUUUAAAAGAACGUAUAGAAAUGUCUUCAAAUGAAGUGUACCAAUUCGGUUUAAAAUUGAGAAAUAUGGUAUAUAAAAUAAUAAACUUACCUAUACCAGUCAUCACAGCUAUCGAUGGAGCAGCUAUGGGUGGUGGAUUAGAAAUAGCGUUAGCUUCAGAUAUUAGAGUAGCCGCAGAUACAGCUAAAAUGGGUCUUGUAGAAACGAGUUUAGCCAUAAUGCCCGGAGCGGGUGGUACCCAAACGCUUCCGAGGCUGAUAAAUCCCUCUCUGGCAAAGGAGUUGAUUUACACAGCGGCUGUUUUUCAUGGUAAAGAAGCCAAAGAAUACGGAAUUGUCAAUCACGUUGUGGAACAUAAUGAAAACAAUGACGCCGCUUUUGAAAAAUCGUUAGCAAUAGCUGAAAAAAUUCUACCUAAUGGACCAGUAGGUGUUAAAAUGGCUAAAAAGGCUAUUAAUAAAGGAUUAGAAGUUGAUUUAGCGACUGGUUUGUCUAUAGAAGAAGCUUGCUAUUGUCAACUCCUGCCUACACAAGAUAGAAUCGAGGCCUUGGUGGCUUUUAAAGAAAAAAGAAGACCGAAUUAUAUUGGAUGUUAAAAAUAAUUAUUCUUGCCUAGGUAAACAGUCGACGUGUUUGUUUUGUCCAUCACAACCGAGAAGAAGAAGAGAUUCAUUUUGUCAAUUAAAAAAACAUUAACUUUUUUGUACAUUUAUAUAAAUAAAUAAAUAUAUAAAAUACAUAAA